UUAAAGAGACUUCAUUUGAAUAGGGGGGCUGGCGAGGUGCCAAUCGCCUUUCAAAGAAGCCCCGUAUGAUUAAUCGCAAAGCAUUAUUGAUAAUCAUAACGGGGCACAUGCGCGGUGGAUGGGCUCGUAUUUCGUAAUUCCGAGGCGAUUUUUUUAGUCAUUUUUUUUUCUAUUCUUCGCUUGCUGAUGUGCGAGCCAACAUGUCGCGGAGGAAACAAGCGAAGCCGCAACACUUCCAGUCCGAACCUCAUCAGCCCUUAUCGGAACACAAUGGGGACACAGAACCUUGUUCGGAGGACACCCCCUGCAAGGAGUCAGAUGCCCACGUCUGCAGCAGAUGUUGUGCCGAGUUCUUUGAACUUCUGGAUCUUGAAGAACACCAGAAGAAUUGCACUAAGAAUCAAUUAGUUCUGAUUGUGAAUGAACAUCCUCCCUCCCCCACUGGAACCUUCUCGCCUGGCUCCCCUCCCAAUAAUCCUGAUGACCAGAUGAAUGACACAGCUAAUAACACUGAUCAAGCAGAGUGCAGUGACCUUUUGGAGCCCAGUGCUCUCGAAAAAGAAGAAUCCAUGGACAUGGAUGUUUCUGGAGUCAGUAGUGGGCAUGAAGAGGAAGGUAGCCACGAAGAGAGUGGGAGUCCCAUAAACACAGGCAGUAGCAAUGGCGGUAGGGGCAGUUCAGGCCCUGCAGUGGGUACUUCAGCUAUUUCUGCCCCUUUACCUCAGCUCGGCAAUCUGACUGAACUAGGGAACUUCUCCAUGAUCAACAGCAACGUUAUCAUAGAAAACCUUCAGAGCACCAAAGUGGCAGUGGCCCAGUUUUCUCAGGAGGCCCGCUCCUCAGGGGGCCCCAGGGUGGCAGUACCAGCUCUGAUGGAACAACUCCUAGCCCUACAACAACAACAGAUCCACCAGCUUCAGCUCAUUGAGCAGAUCCGUAACCAGAUCCUGCUCCUGGCAUCCCAGUCUCCAGAAAUGCAGGUUCCCCCAAAUUCUGCUCCAGGCACGAUGGGGCCUGCUGCCAGCCCGCUCUCUACACUUAGUUCCCAUCUAUCUCAACAGCUGGCUGCAGCCGCAGGCCUAGCACAGAGUCUGGCUAGUCAGUCAGCCAGUAUCAGCAGCCUGAAGCAGCUGGCUGCAGCGGCACAGCUACCUCAGCCAAGCCACAGUAGUAGUGAGACAUCUCAGAGCAUUAGCACACUGGGGCCGUCAACAAUCAAUGCCCAUUCCUCUGAGAAGAGGUCGAGUCAUAUGAGCAGCCUCCAUUCUCAGCUCAGCAACCCCUCACUAGCCACAUCAUCUACUCCAGCAUUUGGGAUAAGUAGCUUGUUAAACUCUACAGUCAACCCACUUCUACCUCAGCCCCCACCUGGCAACCCCAUGUUUUCUAGCUCCAUUCCCAGUGUUGGCACCACUGUCGAGGACCUCAACUCAUUAGCAGCUCUGGCCCAGCAGAGGAAAGGCAAGCCACCGAAUGUUACAUCGUUUGAGCACAAGAGCAGCUCAGAUGACACUUUCUUCAAGCAUAAGUGUCGAUUUUGUGCCAAGGUGUUUGGGAGUGACAGUGCCUUGCAGAUCCACCUGCGCUCUCAUACUGGGGAAAGGCCGUACAAGUGUAACAUCUGUGGUAACCGCUUCUCCACCCGUGGCAACCUGAAGGUCCAUUUCCAACGUCAUAAAGAGAAAUAUCCACACAUACAGAUGAACCCCUACCCUGUACCUGAGCAUUUAGACAACAUACCAACGAGCACGGGCAUUCCAUAUGGCAUGUCGAUGCCCCCGGAAAAGCCUGUCACCAGCUGGCUGGAUAGUAAGCCUGUCUUGUCCACUUUGACUUCCUCAGUAGGCAUGCUACUGCCACCAACCAUGCCUAGCUUACCACAUUUCAUCAAAAAAGAGGAUCAUUCAAUAGCCAUAACCAGCCCUACUGUUACUGCUAAGAGUGACUCAGGUGCCACCGAGCCGUCGGCUAGAAGUAACGAUGGAGUGACUGGAGAGGUUGAAGGUGCAACCUUGCCUACCUCAAAUGGAAAAACUGAAGAGGGAAGCCACUCCUCUAGCCUCACCACAAAUAUGAGCUCUGCCUCAGAGAGCACAGCUGAGUACACAACAUCUAACAGCCCUCCCAUGAUGACCAAUCCUCUUAUGCCCCUCAUGUCUGAGCAGUUUAAGGCUAAGUUCCCCUUUGGUGGCAUUCUAGAUCCUCUCCAGGGGUCCGAGACCUCUAAGCUACAGCAGCUUGUAGAGAACAUUGACAGGAAAGUGACAGACCCCAAUGAGUGUGUCAUCUGCCACCGUGUGCUUAGCUGCCAGAGUGCACUGAAAAUGCAUUACCGCACUCACACUGGGGAAAGGCCCUUUAAGUGCAAGGUCUGUGGCAGGGCAUUCACCACCAAGGGCAAUCUGAAGACGCACUACAGUGUCCACAGGGCCAUGCCGCCACUGAGAGUCCAACACUCCUGCCCCAUAUGUCAGAAGAAGUUCACUAAUGCUGUGGUUCUGCAGCAGCACAUCCGCAUGCACAUGGGUGGGCAGAUCCCCAACACCCCACUGCCUGACAGUUACCCUGAGUCCAUGGGCUCUGACACAGGCUCAUUUGAGGAGAGAAACUUUGAUGAAAAUGAUAAUUUCUCAGAUGACAACAUUGAAGGCAUGGAGGAGGGCCUGGACAGCAGUAUCCCAGACACACCAAGGUCAGCUGACGCCUCCCAUGAUAGCUUGUGUAAUUCCCCAACUCCUCUUGAUGCAGCUAGCCAGGAUGGACAAGAAACAAAUGGCCAACAGCAGGCCCAUAAUAAUGAGAGGGAGGAACAACAAGCCAACCGAUUGAAAGCUGUGGUAAAUGGCUCAGUUGAAGGGGACUGCCUCACCAACGACUCUUCAUCCCUGGGAGGAGAUAUUGAAAGCCAAAGUGCUGGGAGUCCAGCUGUGUCAGAAUCUACCUCCUCCAUGCAGGCGCCAUCCCCUACUGGGAUCCAGCCACAACACCGCAGAUCCCCUAGCCUGGAAGAAAGACACCAGAGGGCCUUAUCCCUGGAGCACAUUAGUGCAAGCCUCAUGCACUCUCACCAAUCCAGCAUAGGAGCGCUAGACCUGACAUCUGUCAACCCCGCUAAAGAGCCCCUGGGCAUAAUCUUCCCCUUCCGUGAACGUAGCACCAUCAAGAACACAGCCUGUGACAUCUGCGGGAAGACAUUUGCAUGUCAGAGUGCCUUGGACAUUCACUACCGAAGCCAUACCAAAGAACGACCAUUCAUUUGCACGGCCUGUAACCGGGGGUUCUCCACCAAGGGCAACCUCAAGCAGCACAUGCUCACCCAUCAGAUGAGAGACCUGCCCUCACAGCUCUUUGAGCCCUCCAGCACCAGCUUGUCCUCUAGUCCUACUCCUUCCCUCCUCUCUGUAGGCUCCCUCAUCAAGCCUGAGGUCAACGGCUUCCUCCACAGCCUCCACUCGGAGAACAAGGAAAUGCUUCCUGGCUUAGUCACAUCAUCUGCCUCCACCUCACCGGUGCUGUCAGCUGCCCCACCACGACGGACACCAAAGCAGCACUUCUGCAACACCUGUGGGAAGACUUUCUCCUCCUCCAGUGCUUUGCAGAUCCAUGAGAGAACCCAUACUGGGGAGAAACCAUUUGCCUGCACCAUCUGUGGUCGGGCUUUCACCACCAAAGGAAACCUCAAGGUUCACAUGGGCACGCACAUGUGGAACAGUGCUCCUGCUAGACGUGGCCGUAGGCUCUCCGUGGAUGGGCCAAUGGCCUUCUUGGGAACCAACCCUGUCAAGUUUCCUGAGCUCUUCCAGAAGGACAUGGUAUCAAGGGCAAGCAACGGGGACCCGGGCAGUUUCUGGAAUCAGUACGCCACAGCGUUCUCCAACGGGCUGGCCAUGAAGACAAAUGAAAUUUCUGUCAUCCAGAAUGGAGGCCUCCCACCUAUGUCAGGCAGUGUGGGGAAUGGGGGUAGCUCGCCCAUCGGCGGCCUUACUGGUAGCCUAGACAAGCUGCACAGUACUGAACCCAAUGCUGCACUGGCUGGCCUGGAGAAAAUGGCCAACACAGAAAAUGGGACCCAUUUCCGGUUCACACGUUUCAUGGAGGACAAUAAAGAGAUUGCCACUAACUAGAGUGUGUGUUCUUAUUUGUGCAACGACACAUGAAGAUGUCUGAGGGCAUUCUGUACACAUGCAAACAAGUGAAAGAGAACAAGACAAGGACACAAAGAACUGAACUGCUUUGGCUUGCCAUCAAAACUUUACGAACACGAGUGUGAAGACAAGUUGCUUUUUUGUACAAUGUACAACAUGUUAUAGUUUUAAGGAGCUUAUUUAUUAGUGAUUAUAACCUUGCUCGGAAUCAAGUGGAAGCAGUUAGUUAACAGUUAGUUUUCUUUGUUUUAAAGCCAGAAUGGGUAUGUAUGAGUGCUUAAAAUGUGCUUUUAAAACUUAGCCUAUCUGGGUAGCUAACUUUACCUCGGUAUUAAGUUAUUUUCUGUCUGUAGUAGCUAUAUAACAAAGCUGUUGAUGUUCAUGUGAUGCAUUAGCUCUGAAAUAAACAGACCGGCUGUAAAUAAUGUACCGUUCUAUUCUAGAUGGCCUAACAUCUGUGUAUUCAUGUCCCCUCAUGGAAAAAAAACAAAAAAAAAAACAAACCAUGAAUAUGGUAGUUUCUUUCUCUCCAACUGAUUUUAUUUAACAAAAAGCAUUCAAGUUUGUUGCAUUUCAAGGGUUUCUUUAGUGUUAACCUGUUGUGUUGUUACUGUUUCUGUGUAUUGUACUUUUUGGUAACUUACAUAGUUUCUAUUUUUAUUUUCUCAUCUCUUUGUUUUUGUUUAUUCUUUUUUUUCUUUUUUUUCUCUUUUUUUUUGGUGUGAAGUUUAAAGCAAGACAGUGGCUGAGAGGGGAACGUUUUUGACAAGCCCGUCUCUGUGUUUUCUAAGACAGAGACAGCCAAUCAAAUGGGCAGGACUCUCCUUCAGCCACCUGGCUGCAUUUCCACAUUGCUGCUACCCUAGGAGCAUCCUCAUUGACAUCAAGUGCAAAGUUAUGUGUUGACGCUUCUGUAAAUAUGUUCAGACGUGGAAAUACAAACUUUCUUGCAACAAAUUGUACAUAUAGCUCUCACGAGACAAAGUCCAUUGUGGCCAGGGGACAAAAUGAUAGUGUUUUUAUAAAUAUAAAUAUAUAUUAGGUUUGACAACCUUCGGACUGUCACAUGCACUUUCUUGGAAAGUUGGAAGAUCUUUAUGGGUCCAGUUUCUUUACACUUUAAUACCUACUAACAACUAAGAUACUGUAAUUCUUUACUCUAAUAAUCAAAUACAUCCGUUUUCCAAAAGAGGCAUUGUGUGUUUGUGUGUUUUUAUUGUUUAUUUUAUGACACUGUAGCUAUAUCCUAA